CAAGAUUGAAGGCCAUGCAACUUGGACACGUACUACUCAAAAGAACUCAAAAUCUCAUCCAGCUUCCACCAAAAUCUUCAUCCUUUUCCCAUCCAUAUUCUGUUAUACAUAUAAGGACAAACCCAAUUUCAACAUCAUCAGAAUCCAAAACCACAGCGCCGGAGAGCCCUCGUCAUCAUGUCCGAUCAAUCAAAGCCCGUAUCCGCCCGUACACUCUACAAUUCCACUUCUUCCUCUCGCCAAGCCGUCAAGUUCUUGACGGCGGCUACAAUCGCCACCUUCUUCCUUGUCUCUUCUGGCUUCACCAUAACCGGAACAGUUCUAAUUCUCAUACUCUCCACUCCAAUUCUCGUCCUCUUUAGUCCCAUUUUGGUGCCGGCGGUAACUGUUUUAGUCUUAUCAGCCGCCGGUUUGUUCUUCUCAGCAACUUGUGCGGUGGCAGCCGUAGCUGCGUUGUCGUGGUUGUACAGUUACAUGACGGGAGAUCAGCCAGUGGGGGCGGAGCAGCUGGAUUUUGCAAGGGACAAAAUUGUAGAGAUGGCGAAGGACAUGAAGGAAAAGGCCACAACACAAGAACAAUCUUGAAUGGCUUCCUUGGGGUUUAGAGAACGAACCUUUUGAGUGAUGUAGUUAUGUAUUUUGUUUAGGUUCUUUUUUAUGGUCUUUUUUCUUUUUGUUUCUUUUAAGUUUGAAUUUAAUCAAAAAUUUCAGAUCAUGUGGAACUGAAACUAUGAAAGUUUGGAACAUGAAUGUCAAAAUGAGAUGGGAAAAAUAUGAAGAAUCAGAAUUAUUAAUUCAGACACUUUCAUUUGGUAACAGAGGUUAUUACAUGGAAAAAAAUGACCUUAAAUAUUGAAUUUUCUAGUCAGUUAAUUAGAGAUGGGGAAGCCCCAGGACUGAGAAAAGAGGGUACACAAAUGGGAUUCAAAGGGGGCAAUAACAAAUCCCAAAUUAUAUACAACACUGUAGACAAAAAGGAAGUAAAGAAGGAAAAGAAGAUGCUGGUCUUUAAGAGUAAAACAAAAAAA